AUGAUUUGCAAUGGAUGUCGAGUGCUCCGAAAGGGAUGCAGCGAAACCUGCAUCCUUCGUCCCUGCCUUCAGUGGAUCGAGAGCCCUGAAGCUCAGGGCCACGCCACCCUCUUCGUAGCCAAGUUCUUUGGCCGCGCCGGUCUCAUGUCCUUCAUCUCCGCCGUACCGGAAAAUCAACGUCCUGCUUUGUUUCAAUCGCUGUUGUUCGAAGCGUGUGGCCGGACCGUGAACCCGGUAAACGGGGCGGUGGGGCUUCUUUGGACUGGGAACUGGCAUGUGUGUCAG